AUGUCAGGCAACCUCAAGAAUGCUUCAAGCAUGAUGGCCAGACACCGAACGCAGCUAUUCCAUUGGGAGAGGCCGGACGCUAGGGUGGCCGUGGGUGUGCGCGGCAUGAACAAGUCACGCUUCAAGCGUAUAGAACUGCCGGAACUCAGUGUUUGCACGGUUCUGAAGAUGAUGUCCGAACUCAACGUUUCCGACGGCAACGAGAACCCAAAAGUUGUCCAGACAGACCUCAUCCACCUCAAGUCGCAAGCGUCAGGCCCCUUUAUCCCUCUUGUCCAGUUUUCGCUCGAGAACCAAACCAUCAAUGCUCUCUUCGACACCGGUAGCAGCGAUAUUGUCGUCCCCCAGAAGGGCAGUUCCAUUUGCCAGAACCCUGCCCAGCAGUGUGACAACUCCUCGGCAUCUGGCUUCGUCGCCGGUGCCUUUGACACAGCGGCAGGGCUCGCUCGCUUCAACGGCGACUUUGCGGCACUCGAUCUAGCCAUGGACGGACAGACCGUCACGGGCACGACGGUGGGCAUCUUCACCAGCGGCUCGCUGCCGCCCGAUGCGCCACUGUUCCCCAUCUUUGGCGUCGGGCCCGUCCAAGCCGAGGCCGUGGGCUCUACGCAGCUUCAGCAGGGCAGGAAUCUCAGGCGCCAGGCGGGCAACUCUGCGAAUCUGUACCCAAACCUGCCUGCGCACAUGAAGGAGAUUGGUAUGAUCAAGUCGAACGCCUUCAGCGUCUACACCAAUGAUGCUCGAGCCAAGACGGGUUCCAUCGUCUACGGAGUCAUCGACACCGCCAAGUUCGAGGGCCAGCUUCAGGAAGUGCCCCUUGAACGAGCGAACGACGGCGCCCUGCCCUCCUUCGUGAUCAAAUUUAGCUCUGUGUCCAUGGAGACGGGCAUUAGCGGCAGCAACGAGAUAAACUUAUCAUCACACAUCAACAACGACGCACCCCGGGCAGCAGCAGCCACCACGGACCUCGCACCUCGAGACGGUCUUCCCGUGACCCUGAUGGAUACCGGGGCUCCCUCGAUCCUCUUACCAGCCGCCUCGCUACAGAUGCUCGCCACGGCGUUGGGCACGACUUUCUCGGAACAAGACGGCCUGGGCUCAUCGACUGCCAGAAGCUGA